AAUUAAGCAUCCGCUAUUUUGAAAGCGGAAACCGGAAUUUUCGGCAUGUCCGAGUGACUACAUUGGUUUACUCCUGAGGUCCCUAGACUCCAGAGUCCCGAACGACUUGCUUUCUCGUCUCUCCGACUCUCCCCCUAAGUAAACCGUCCUCUCAAAGGUUUUUGAGUCCUUUUAUAUUCCCUCUAGUCUGGGGAUUUUGUAACCAAUAAAUACUCACAAGUCAUCAUACUCCGCCCAAAGAACAGUCAUCAUACUCCGCCCAAAGAACAGCUCAGUCACCGCCAUAGUUACCGCCACAGCCAUCACUGAAUCUUUGAACCAGGUAUCGUAAUCAUACAAUUCUUCUUCAAUUUCAAAACAGAUUCAGGGAUAUUUUAAGGUUAUCAAAGCAAUUCAUAAUUAGGGUUUAGGUUAAGGAUGGGGAAAUCAAAGGGAGAUAAAGAUGGGCCACUCCCACCGUUUCUUGUAAAAUGUUAUGAUAUGGUUGAUGAUACAAAUACUGAUUCAAUAAUUUCAUGGUGUCCCUCGAAUAAUAGUUUUAUCAUCUACGAUAUGAUUGCGUUCCAGAAAGAAUUGCUUCCUAAAUAUUUUAAACAUAGCAAUUUCUCUAGCUUCAUGAGACAAUUAAACACUUACGGUUUUAGGAAAUUGGACCCUGAUCGGUUUAUAUUUGGGAAUGAAAAAUUUGUGAAAGGUAAAAAACAAUUGUUGAAGGAUAUUAGUAGAAGGAAAAAGAGCCAAGAACAUAUUGAAAAAGAGCCGCAACAGACGGAGAAUAAAGCGCCUGUCGUGCCACCAUGUAUAGAAGUAGGAAUGUCUGGGUUACAACAAGAAGUGGAGAUUCUUAAGAGGGAUAAAAAUGUGCUCAUGCAGGAGUUGGUUAAAUGUAGGCAACGACAGCAAAAUGCAGACAUUGAGUUGCAUUGUGUGAGGCAACGGAUUAAAGGGAUGGAGCUAAAUCAGCAACAGAUGCUGUCGUUGCUGGUUAUGGCUAUGCAAUACCCAAGGUUUUUGUCCCAGUUGGUUCAGCAGAAAGAAAACAAUUGGCGUGUGUCUGAUACAAGGAAAAAGAGACGGCUUCCUGCCCCAGUGCAAAGUAAUGAACAUGUGGAACCUGAAGUUUUUGAGGGUCAGAUAGUGAAGUAUCAGCCAUUGACAACUGAGAGUCAAAAUUCUCUACCGGCUCCAGUACUUGACACUGCUGAAUUUAAACAUGCAGAUCCUGCUCCAAUCGGGGAUGAUGAUUUCUUUAACAAUAUAGAUUUUACGUCAUUUGUGGAACAUUUGCCACUGCCAGAUGUACCUGAAGAUUUAAUGGAGCAGCUUCUUUCGAUUGCCAGUCCACGACUACAGGAGAUUGAUGAAAUGGAAAUAUACACCACUCAAAAUCUGGAAAAUGAGGAGGGGAUUAGACCCAAGAAUCUUGAUGCUGGGGGCGAACCAGUCGAAAAUCUGGACCUUCUAACAGAACAAAUGGGACUGCUAGCAUCUGACGAAAAAUAUAUGAGUGAAAGUCCUUAAAAUAGCUUGUGUUGGCAAUCUUGGGAGUUUCAUAUGUGUAUCAUCAUCCAAUUUUCUCUUCUUCACCAGUUAUGCGGAAACCAUUGUUGGGAUGAUGCUGAGCAUUUUUUCCUCUAAAUGCAAUCAAGAAGACAGACACAUCAAACUGCUGUGAAAUAGGAGAUAAAACUGGAAACAUUAAGGGAUGCUCCUAGGAUAACUAGAGCUGGUGAUGAAUCCUCCAAAACUCGAGAACAAAUGCAACUGGGAAAUGUGCGCGCGAGGUGGCGAAUCUACAAUGGUGAGAUAUAUGUCUCCUGGGGCAUGGGUGGAUGUAGUAUAUUCUCUAUUGAAUGCUGCUGCUGAUGAUAUAGGUAACGGCGCACCUUCCUCGUAUAUAUUGUUUUCGAAUAAUUUUCUUACAGACGAUUCAAUAUCGUUCUCCAAUGUUGAUGUUGUUGCUCCCAUACUGUACCUUCUGUUUUCUAGUUGAAUACUCGAUUCUGCAACUUAUGGUGAUUCCACCGACCUAUAUGUGUGUGUGUGUGUGAGAUAGAGAGAGCUCUUACAUGGGAAGUUUAUUCUUUCAAGUUCUGAGGAAGUAGAAAAACUCUCAAUAAAUGAAUGAGUGACGCUUGAAAAUGUUAUACAGCAUGGACUCAAUUUCUGAAGGGAAUCAACAAGUGUUACUCUUCUUUCAGCCUAAAGACUCCAAAUGAUCAUUGGUGGGUCAAUUAUAUUAGUGACAAUAAUCAUAUAAUCUCAACGAAACGUGUAGUUUUGUCAAUAGCAAAUUUCAAGUGUUGUUCUUUUAAGCAUCUAUGAAACAUGAGACCUCAUCCCAAUCAGUUGCCAGGUCUAGA